UUAUACAACCAACUUGUAUAACGAAUAGUUUGCUACGUGUGACGUUUGUGGAAUAUACUGUACAGUAUAUAAACAGUACAGGGGACAUAGGAGUGUGAUAGCUUACAGUCCUCCACGAUUAUUUCAGAAACAUGGAAAGCACGUUGAUUUCUGCUGAACUUGCUGGAGGUUUUGUCCUCAGUACUGCAUAUUUGUUUUUUCCACAGAAAGUUUUUGAUUUCCAGGGAGUACCCCACCGUGCGGACGGCGUACACUAUCACAUGACCAGGUCGCUGGGCUGUGUGUGGCUGGCCAGUUACCUCAAGCUGCUGCUCUUCCGAAGAAGCAGGGACCCGCUGGCGCUGGCCUCCCACUCCGCCUCCAGGCUCAUUGCAUUCCUCGCUCUUUUACUGAAUGUCUGCUAUGGAAAUUUUACAGCCAGAGUAUUUGGAGACCAGCCCCCCCUGCUGGACAUCGCGGUGUACUGUUUCUUUAUCCUGGGGAGCGCGGCUCACCUGCUUCUCGGCAGGAGUCAGGUGAAGGGCUUGCUGGACCUGAGUAAGUCCUUUGGCGACCAUGGCUUCCUGUUCCUGCAAGUGGAUUUUCUCGCUACCUUUGUGUUCGGCCUGCUGUGGCUGGCCUAUCCUGACUGGCUUCUCGGCUUCCAGACCAGUGGCCCUGAAGAUGAGCUUCACCUUCACUUGACCCGAGCGUUUGGUGCCAUGAUGGUAGGGGACAGCUUUGUGUCCUUAACCGCGCUGGGCUUCAGGAGCGACAAGGACAAGACCUCUGUGUUCGUGGGCCGGACUGUGGGAACUCUGGUUUUGCUCCUCUUCAUGGUUUAUACCCAGACAACCACGUCCGCCUGGACGAAAGCACACAUUUGGUUUGGAAUGGUGGGAGCCGGUCUUUGGACUGGGAAUUCUGUUCUGGGAUACUUCACCUCCAAAGAGUCUGAGAAGGAAGACUAAACUGGCAGGCACAGAGACUAAUAUACAGGAUGGUUGUGAAGAUAGGUGGCUUUAAAGAGCAAUGCAUUGUAAAAACUGUACACAGGGGGGAAGAGAAAGUCAGUACGCGUGCAAGUGGGAUAAUAUGUACAAUAAAGGACACAGAAUUGGCACAUUUCUCUCUCUGAUGUCUAGAAUCCAUUUUCCAGUGGACACCUGGAAUGUAGUUUCCCUCUGAUGAGUACUGACUUUGUCCCAGGAGAAAUAGUUCUCCAUCAUUCUGUAAGCAUCUAUAAUAAUUGUCAUUGCUCCACAAUACAGCUUUCAUGAUGCA